AUGCCAGCAGCCGCCCAGCCUCCACAGACACAGCAAGACCUCCACGCAGCCUUACGGACACGCAUGAUCCAGUCGGGCGAGUACAGCCGGAUCAUGGAUGCGCUGAGGGCCAAGUUGGACGAGUCGGGCUGGGAGGAUCAGGUCCGGGAUGCGGCGAGAGAGAAAGCCCGUUCGCAAGACCCGCCAAACCUGCAUUCGCUCGUCAAGGACCUCGAGCCGACCGCUCUGAACAUGAUCCCGCAAGAGGCGCGAGCAGAAGUCGAGGCGAUGGUGCGGGCCUUUGUCGAGAAGAGCGUUGAGUAG